AUUCUAAACUCAUCAACCAUCUCUGAUCAGGACUGACAAAUGAAGAUACUUCUCUUUGUUCUCCUUCUUCUUCUCCUCAUUCUCCAUUUAUCUCACUUCACAAGCGGGGAAAAAACAAUCAUUUCAUCAUCUUCAUCUUGCAAAAAUCUUGUUAACACGUCUUGCACCAAUGCAAGUUACCCCAAAAUUUGCAUUAGAACCCUCUCAUCAUACUCAGCCAUAAAAACACCAAAAGACUUAGCAAAAGCAUCUCUAAAUGUGAGCCUUUCAAGAGCCAACAAAGCUUCCAAAUUCCUCAUACAUUUGAAAGUAAAAAGCAAGAGAGAAAAAGGGGCACUUGUUGAUUGUAUAGAGCAAAUAGGCGACUCUAUAGGUGAGCUAAAAAAGGCUAUUUUUGAACUCAGACAUUUGCAUAAAGGGUUUGGUUUUAAGUUCCAAAUGAGCAAUUUGGAGACUUGGGUUAGUGCUGCUAUGACAAAUGAUGAUACUUGUCUUGAUGGUUUCAAAGAAAUUAAUGGCAAAGUUAGGCAUGAUUUGAAGAGAAGGAUUGCUAAUGUUGCUAAGGUUACUAGUAAUGCUCUCUACCUCAUCAAUAUACUUGACUAACCGAGGCGAAUUCAAGAUUUAAUGACUUAUACGUAUAUAUGUAUUUUUGCGUCUAAGUUGCUGGAUUCAAUUCAUGAACUUGGAACCUUUGUUUGAUGAAUCUUGGAAAAAUGUGUUUUUUUUUAAUUUGUCUUUGAUCCAUCAAUUCAAUUUUGCUUCCCUUA